GAUCUAGAUCACUAAUGAUCAUAGAUUGAAGGAUUGAAUUAUUAAAACGUUCAUUGAAUAUCUAACUAUGAUUGAUAAUAUUCAACACUUGCAAACAUGAACAAUUCUCAAGAACUCCUAUUCUCACCAUACAGACGAAACCCCGGAGAAAUUGGUAUAAAAUUACAAAUAAUCGAUUGUCAACCAAUUGUCAAUGGUAUUUACUCAUCUAUGAAUUAUUUCUUAGCUCAAGUACAUGAGAAAUUUGAACAUCAAAUAUUUUGUCAUACUAAUUUAUUGGAAUUAAAAUGGUGUUUAGAAGAAGAGAAUGAUGAAAUAUUUAGUGGAUUUGUAUUAGAACGAAUUGAAUCUGACCUAAUACUUAUUAUAUAUCCAGAUAGUAUUGAUAAAUUAGAAGAGAUAAAUUCAAUCAAAUAUCAAUUUGCAAAUUGUCUACAAAAAUAUUUUGACACCAUAGAAACACGUAAAGUAAUUGGAGUAGAUUGUUUUAAAAUUCAACUUUAUAUUAAUAAUAAUGAUGUAGCAAAUACUAUAAAUGAAUGGAAAAUGUCUAUAAUUCCAAUUGUAUAUCAUAUAGAAGAUUCAGGUAAGAUGAAAAUUGUAUUGAACUUUAUUGAAAAUUGUUGCCAAUUAUGA